GUUCAACGCUUGGCACGAAAAUGUUAAAAUUAUCGGCUGUUGUGGUGGGUUUAACAGCCGUAGCUUUGACGUCGGGCCAUUUUAUGAAAGCGGGACAUAAUGCAACACCUUUUACAGCAUUGCUUCCUCCAAAGAGCCUUAGGGAAAGACUUAAGAGACAACCUCCGCCAAUGCCUGGAUUUAAUCUAAAUGCGUGGCUUGGUCCAUGGUCAUUUCAUUUCUUAAAAGCACCCUGCAGUUGGGCUAUUGCAGAGGAAUUUACAGAUUACACACAACUUCUUGAACCCGGAGAUAAUCUUGUUUUACACCAUGAAACCAUGAGAUCCCGAAAUUUUUGCAAUUCGAUGACGUCGGUAUUAUCUAUAGAGGACCCCGGAAGGUUCUAUGGCAAAGAUCUUGUGGGUGAUAAUUGGUCAGGCAAGUAUAUUGUAGUAGCAACGGACUAUCGAGGGUUUUCAAUUGAUUGGGGAUGUACAAAAUGGUCACCGUUUGAUCAAAUGUGUGACGAUCCAUACGUGUUUAUCAAAACAAGACAAAGACAGUUGCCACAAAUUGUUCAAAGCAGAAUAGAAUAUGCUCUUCAGAACAUAUUUGGAAUUUCCACUAAAGAACUUACAAGAAUUAGUCACGGCAGAC